AUGUCACUCAGCAGCUCCAUGUUCUGCCUGCCAAGAAAGCUUCAAGAACAACUUCCAAACAAAGCUAACGCUUUUGAUCCUAUCCGGUCCUACAUUAAAAUGGCUGAUCUGGAAGCGGACGAUGCUGGUUUCAUGGAAUUCACUUCGUUGUCAAGUCGCCUGGACUCCUUUCGUCACGGCGAACAGGUUCAAUGCUUCAGCUGCAGGAAAAUCAUAGACAACUGGAGCAGCGGGGACACACCUGUGGAGAAACAUCGCUUGGCCUCACCAACAUGCAGAUUCAUUGACUGCAUCUAUCCCAAAAGUUCCCAUCAGGCCAAUGGAGAUUACAACGAGGAAGCCGAAGCGCUCGAGUAUCGUCUGAGAACAGGGGCGGUGAUGGAUGAGACCACUUACCCUAUAGUGCCCCACAUGAGGAGCGAAGAGGCCCGUCUCCAGACCUUCACAGACUGGCCCUCUGCCUCUCCGGUGAAGCCCUCUGAUCUUGCGCAAGCAGGCCUGUACUACCUAGGGGAGAGUGAUCACGUCCAGUGCUUUUGCUGCAAUGGCAAUUUGGCGCGUUGGGCGGCUGGAGACACUGCAUGGGGAGAGCAUGAAAAGCAUUUCCCAAACUGCUUCUUCGUCCUGGGGCAUGACGUUGGCAACAUCCCACUCCAGGGUGGUUCUCAGGAGCAGGACGGAGGCAGAGGACCCCACAUGGCCACGUUUGAGCAGAGGCUGGAGAGCUUUCAGGGCACCAGUCAUCCUAUCAGUCCUGAACGUCUGGCCCAGGCUGGCUUCUACAGCACAGGCACAGGAGACAGAGUGCUUUGUUUUUCCUGUAAAGGAGGUCUGAAAGGAUGGCAGCCGGAAGAAGACCCUUGGGUAGAACAUGCCAAACACUUCCCAGGAUGCAGCUUCUUGUUGUCAGAAAAGGGCCAAGAAUUUAUAAAUAACAUUCAAUUACAAAGUUCAGCUGCAAAUGUUGAAGUCAGACAUGAGAAUGGAUUUUCAAAAGAUAAUGGCGCUGACUGCUUAAACAAACCCUCAGAUAAUUCCUCAGAAAAAGAUGAGGACACCCUGAGGAAGCUGAAGGAACUCCAAAGAGAGAAACAGUACACUUACAAGUUACGACUGUAUCACUGCUGUAUUUUGCAACAAGAUUCCAUGCAAACGUCUUAUUUGUGUAUAUACUAA